AUGGCGGAAGGAGGUGAGCGAGAGGAGCUGCUCUCGCCGCCGCCGAUCUCUCCGGCCAAGCGGCUGUGCUCGUGGCCCAGCCCGCAAGCUCACCACCCCCGCGGGACUCCCGGGGCGGCGGGCGGAGGGGUGGGGGUCGGUGGCGGCGGCUGCCUGGCCCCCGGGGCCCGCCCCCACCUGCAGCCCGAGUCCUUGCUGGACUGCGCCGCCAAGACGGUGGCAGAAAAGUGGGCGUACGAGCGUGUGGAGGAGCGCUUCGAGCGGAUCCCCGAGCCGGUGCAGCGCCGCAUCGUCUACUGGUCCUUCCCGCGGAAUGAGCGGGAGAUCUGCAUGUACUCCAGCUUCCAGUACCGGGGCGGCCCGGGCGCCGGAGCGGCUGCCGGCGCCACGGGGUCUUCGCCGGUCGAGGAGGGGCCGCCGCCACCCCCGGGGACCGCCACUCCGGCCGGCUCCGCCCCCGGGGCCGCCGGGGCAGGCGCGUCCCCCGGGCUGGGCACUGGGACUGGCGUGGCGAGCGGCGUUGGCGGCGAGGGGCUGCCGUUCCGCCGGGGCAUCCGUCUGCUGGACAGCGGCUCCGUGGAGAACGUGCUGCAAGUCGGCUUCCAUCUGAGCGGCACAGUAACUGAACCAGCCACUGCUUCUGAACCAGCAGUGACUUACAAAGUUGCAAUCAGUUUCGAUCGAUGCAAAAUCACUUCCGUGACCUGUGGCUGUGGGAAUAAGGACAUAUUCUACUGUGCUCAUGUGGUAGCUCUCUCACUCUACAGAAUCCGUAAACCAGAGCAAGUCAAACUGCGUCUUCCUAUCUCAGAAACCCUUUUCCAGAUGAAUAGGGACCAGCUACAGAAGUUUAUUCAAUAUUUAAUCACAGCACACCACACCGAAGUUCUUCCUACUGCACAAAAGCUGGCAGAUGAAAUUCUGUCCUCCAACUCAGAAAUCAACCAAGUGAACGGUGCACCUGACCCCACGGCUGGGGCCAGUAUCGAUGACGAGAACUGCUGGCACUUGGAUGAAGAACAGGUGAAAGAACAAGUGAAGCUUUUUCUCUCCCAGGGGGGCUACUAUGGCUCUGGAAAGCAGCUCAAUUCAAUGUUUUCCAAGGUCCGAGAGAUGCUGCGUAUGAGAGAUUCCAAUGGAGCCAGGAUGCUGACACUUAUAACUGAGCAGUUCAUGGCUGAUCCCCGCCUCACACUCUGGAGGCAGCAAGGAACAAGCAUGACAGACAAGUGCAGGCAGCUCUGGGAUGAGCUGGGGGCCUUAUGGGUAUGCAUUAUUUUAAACCCACACUGCAAACUGGAAGAAAAAUCCUGUUGGCUACAACAACUACAGAAGUGGAACGACCUGGAUAUCUGUCCCCUGGAAGAUGGAAACUAUGGGCAUGAACUGCCCAACAUUACCAAUGCACUUUCCCAGAGUGCCAGCCACAGCCCAGACUCUUUAUCCAGACCAAGACGAACAGUCUUCACUAGAGCCAUUGAGGGCCGUGAACUGCACUGGCAGGACAGCCACCUGCAGCGAAUAAUCAGCAGUGAUAUCUAUACUGCGCCAGCCUGCCAGCGGGAAAACGAGCGACUACUUUUUAAUUCCCACGGCCAGCCACUGUGGCUAGAGCAUGUGCCUACAGCCUGUGCUCGGGUUGAUGCGCUGCGAUCUCAUGGGUAUCCAAAAGAGGCUCUCAGACUCACGGUGGCCAUCAUUAAUACUCUGAGGUUGCAGCAGCAGCGGCAGCUAGAGAUCUACAAACACCAGAAGAAAGAACUGUUGCAGAGAGGAACCACAACAAUCACAAACCUGGAGGGUUGGGUGGGCCAUCCCCUGGAUCCCAUUGGCUGCCUGUUUCUCACUUUGACUGAAGCCUGCCGCCUGAAUGAUGACAGCUACAUGGAAAUGUCAGAUAUGAAUGAAAGCAGACUGCCUGUGUACCAGCAUGUACCUGUGGCUUCAGGCUGCCCAAACAGCAGUGAGUCAUACCUGUCACUGGCUCUGGAAGUUGCUCUGAUGGGCAUGGGUCAACAGAGGGUCAUGCCUGAAGGCCUCUAUGCACAGGACAAGGUGUGCCGUAAUGAGGAGCAACUCCUAAGCCAACUCCAGGAGCUUCAGCUGGAUGAGGAGCUAGUACAGACAUUGCGGAAGCAGUGUAUCUUACUGCUUGAAGGAGGCCCCUUCAGCGGUCUAGGAGAAGUUAUCCACCGGGAGAGUGUUCCUAUGCACACCUUUGCCAAGUAUUUGUUCUCCGCUCUGCUGCCUCAUGAUCCAGACCUGUCCUAUAAGUUAGCCUUACGAGCCAUGAGGUUACCUGUUCUAGAAAACUCAUCUUCUGCAGGCGACACUUCCCACCCUCAUCACAUGGUGUCUGUGGUGCCCAGCCGUUACCCUCGCUGGUUCACACUUGGACACUUGGAAUCACAGCAGUGUGAACUGGCCUCUACCAUGCUGACUGCUGCCAAAGGAGAUACUCUGAGGCUACGAACUAUUCUGGAAGCAAUACAGAAGCACAUCCAUUCUUCCUCCCUCAUCUUCAAACUGGCUCAAGACGCAUUCAAGAUUGCUACUCCCACGGACAGCAGCACAGACGGCACUCUGCUUAAUGUGGCCCUGGAGCUGGGCUUACAGGUAAUGCGGAUGACCUUAUCAACCCUCAACUGGAGGCGCCGAGAGAUGGUUCGAUGGUUGGUUACUUGUGCUACAGAAGUGGGUGUUCGGGCCCUGGUGAGCAUCUUGCAGAGCUGGUAUACCCUCUUCACUCCGACUGAGGCUACAAGUAUUGUGGCUGCCACAGCCGUAUCCCACACCACUAUCCUGCGUCUCAGUCUUGACUACCCACAGCGGGAGGAACUGGCUAGCUGUGCUCGCACGCUGGCCCUGCAGUGUGCUAUGAAGGAUCCGCAGAGCUGUGCCUUAUCAGCUCUUACACUCUGUGAGAAAGACCACAUUGCCUUUGAGGCAGCCUACCAGAUUGCCAUUGAUGCUGCUGCUGGGGGCAUGACUCAUUCACAGCUGUUCACUAUUGCCCGCUACAUGGAGCUCCGUGGCUACCCGCUGCGUGCCUUCAAGCUGGCCUCGUUGGCCAUGAGCCAUCUUAACCUGGCCUACAACCAGGACACCCAUCCAGCCAUCAAUGAUGUGCUCUGGGCUUGUGCCCUUAGCCACUCUCUGGGCAAGAACGAACUGGCCGCUCUCAUCCCCCUGGUGGUGAAGAGUGUGCACUGUGCCACAGUGCUUUCCGAUAUCCUGCGUAGGUGCACAGUGACUGCACCAGGCCUGGCAGGCAUCCCAGGUCGCCGCAGCUCUGGAAAGCUCAUGUCGACAGACAAAGCUCCACUGCGCCAGCUACUGGAUGCUACCAUCAAUGCCUAUAUCAACACCACACACUCCCGUCUGACACACAUCAGUCCCCGCCAUUAUGGAGAGUUCAUUGAGUUUCUGAGCAAGGCUCGGGAGACCUUCCUACUGCCCCAGGAUGGUCACUUGCAAUUUGCCCAAUUCAUUGACAACCUCAAACAGAUUUACAAAGGCAAGAAGAAGCUGAUGCUGCUGGUUCGAGAGCGCUUUGGCUGAGAAAAUAGAUAGCUUGCUGCCAGGGCAGCCUGGGCUCCCAGAUCAGGACAUGGACUCUGAAACAUCUGUCUACCCUGAGAGGACUCUGAGCACUUGUGGCUGAGCCAAAAGUACCACAGACCUAAGGAUGGGGAGAGUCCAAGUUUAACCAGUAUUCCUGCCUUGGCAAGCUUCUCACUCCAGCCCCACUCACUGUUCCUGGAGGAGCUGGGCCCUGCAGACCGAUCAGAUGCCCCCACAACAUGUCACCUCACGCCCCUAUAUCCUGCGUGUCCUGACCAUUGGCACCUCUCCCUUGGCAAACACAGAACACUGUUCCGUCUCAGGGAUUGCUUAACCAGAGAAACAGAAGCAUUUAUGGUACUGUAAAUACUAUAGUAUAUGUGUUGUCAAGCAGUGUAAAGCUGUAACUAUUUAUAAUUCUGACUCUGAUCUGAUGGGCACUUAAAGUAGCUGUGGGUGGGAUGAUAGGCUUGUCUUCUGAGGAGACUCACAACCAUUUCUCAGGUUUCCCAUACAAAGUAUAUGCUACUGGCAUUGGGUAAGUGGGGGCAGCAGGGAGAAAAAUGGACAGUUAAAAUCCAUGUCUUGUCUGUGCAGAAACUGUGGCCUGCAGAUAGGACAGCUAGCCUACUGUUGACAACUAAUAGUCAUUGAGGGGCAGAGGUCAAGACUGGGCUUAGACGUUUGUCUCACAGAGCUGUGACAACACUGAAGUUCCUGCCUCUGCCUCACACUCCAGGAGCCUGGUGAACACCUGAAUAACAAGUGCAGGGAGAAGACGAAGGUCUAGGAAGCCACUGAGCUCAGACAGUACAUCUGCUCUGGUCACCUUUAUGUUAGAGAAUCUGCUUCCAUCUCCAAAUUUGUCCGUGUGUAUAUCUGUAUGGAUAAGAACAUGUCUGUGUACAGAGUUACACAUGUGCAUGCCUGUCAGUUCUGUGUAAAUUCUGUGACAUGUGCUAGACUGUGGGUUUGUUUGCUGUUUCAUUUGCGUGUGUGUGUGUCUGCGCGCGUGAUAAUGCCUACCUAAGUGUUAACUGUACUCACACCUCCAUGUUUAGGGUCUAUGUAUAUCUAGGCACACACGGGUACCUGUGUAUAAACAUUUUUGUGUCUGACUGUAUGCCUGCUGACCAUGAUAUGUCUUUAUGUGAAUGGUCUCUACAUGUAGUCUGUCAGUGUCUUCAUGCUUGGGGAUCUGCAUGAGUGUGCCUUCUUCCUGCCAGUUCUCUCUUGCCCAUUCCUUAGUCUCUUGCUAGCUGAACAUCAUUACCCAUCUCUGUGCCUCCUCUAUUUACCUUCUUUCAGCAAACAAGUUUCUAAGCACUAGUGUCCCUCUGCCGUUAAGAUUGGCCACUUUCACUCCACUGUUCUCUUCCUCCUACUCUACCUCAAACUUCCUCUGCCUGCUUCCAUCCUAGUUCCAUCGGUAGCUAAUGUGGAGGCUGAGGCUGGUAUUCCUUUAGUGUUGCCCUUCCUAACUUCUAAUCCUAGUGGGUAACCCCCAUCAGCCCAUGCUGACCUCCAGUGUGUCAUGUUCCUACUACUUCAUGACCCCUAUGCUUGCCUGCACAUACAGGAGGUGGCAAGGGCAUUCAGAAUCCUCUGGAUACAGGUGUCUUGAGUGUUUACUGUUUUGUCUUAGUUCCUGAGUUGGGUGGGGUUUGAUAGGGAAGGGGUGGUCUAGCUAGAGGGCGAACUGAGGACCUUUCUGUCUGAUUUACUUUAUUUUUCUUUGGAAAACUACAUGUUAUCUUUUUUAUUCCAAACUGACCAGUAAGUUGUAUUUGCUGUUUGUGGCUACUAAUGUGUUACUGUCCAGCCAAGGGCCCCUACACUGUCUCAGCCCAAUGGGUUGGCAAAAAAAAAAAAAAGCCACUCCCAUUUCUGUAUCAUGAUUGCCCUUUUUUAGCAAGUAUGUGAACUCAGUGCUUUUCUAAGAAUAAAUCAUGGAUCACAGAAAAGAUCA